AUGUCUCUCGAUGGAGACUCCCUGCUGAGGCGAGAGAGGCCGCAGCUGCCGCGCUGCAGCAGCGAGUCAGCAGCAGCAGCAGCAGCAGCACCAGCAGCAGCGGCAACAACAACAGCAGCAGCAGCAGAAGCAGCAGCAGAAGCAGCAGCAGCAGCAGCAGCAGCAGCAGUUCCUCCUCCUCUUUACUUCGAUCUAUCCCCAGCACAAAACACUGCAGCUCGUUGGCUGUCUGCUGACGUUAGCUGCUCGUCUCCAGCAGCAGCAGCAGCAGCAACAGCAGCAGCAACAGCAGCAGCAACAGCAGCAGCAGCAGCAGCAGCAGACUAUGAAUUCGAUGAAGCAGCACGCGCAUGGCCUGAUCUAUCACCAAGCCCCGCAGCACCUGAUCCUGCUGCUGCUGCACCUGCUGCUGCUGCUGCUGCUGCUGCUGCUACCCCACACCUACCCCCAGCAGCAGCAAUAGCAGCAGACACAGAUCUUCCUGCUGCUGCUGCAGCAGCAGCAGCAAAGCGGCUGCCUUUCGACGAUCCAGCUGAGGAGGAAGACACAGCAGCAGCAGCAGCAGCCGGAACAGCAGCAGCAGCAGCAGCAACAGCAGCAGACGGACCCUUGUCUUCAUCUCCCCCUGCAGAGACUGCAGCAACAGCAGCAGAAGCAUUAGAUACAGCAGCAGCAGCAGCAGCAGCAACUGCAGCAGCAGCAGCAAAAGCCACUGCUGCUAACCUUGCUGCUGCAAAGGAUAGUGGCGAUGAAGCAGAUAGCGGCUCCCUGCAGCAGCAGCAGCAGCAGCAGCAGCAGCAGCAGAAGCAGCAGCAGCAACAGCAGCAACAGCAGGACGCGGCAGCAAUAACAAACGGAGAUGCCCCUGCUGCAGCAGCAGCUGCUGCUCUUGCUGCUGUUGCUUCUCCUGCUGCAACUGCAGCAAGCGCCACGGAUCCAGCAGCAGCAGCAACAGCAGCAGCAGCAGAUGUAACAGAAGCAGCAGCAGUAGAUGAUGCAGCAGCAGCAGCAACAGCAGCAGCAGCCAGCAGCAAACGUCUAGGGGGGUUGUCUGCCGUUAGACCUGCAGCAGCAGCUGCAGCAGCAGCAGUUGCUGCUGCUGCAGUUGCUGCUGCUGCUGCAGCAGAAGACACAGCGCAAGUAGCCGCCAAUGAAUCUGCUGCUGCAGUAGAGCCCCUUGCUGCUGCUGCUGCUGCUGCUGCUGUCUUUACACUUGAAAGCCCUGCAGCAGCAGCAUAUGGAUCAGAGGAAGCAGCAGAUGCAGCAGCAGCAGAUACAGCAGCAGCAGCAGCAGCAGCAGCAGCAGCAAUUUCCCCCUCGCAGGGGACAGAGACAGCUGCAUUGCUGCAGCAGAUGCAGCAGAACCAGCUGCAGCAGCAGCAGCAGAAGCAGCAGCAGCAGAGCUUAUUGUUACAAGACAAAGAACAGGAGAUAGCGAGGCUUCAUCGGGUGCUGUCGGUGCAUCAGUCUCAGCUGCAGUCUUUAAGGGGCCUUGCAGUGAGGAAGGAGGCGCAGGCUGCAGCUGCGUUGGAGUCUCUGAAUGCAGCAGAAGCUCGUGCUGCUGCUGCUGCUGCUGCAGCAGCAGCAGCAGCAGCAGAAGCAGACACGCUCAGGAGAGAACAAGGCCUGCUGCAGCAGCAGCUGCAGCAGGCAAACCAAGCAGCACUUACAUCCCCUUCUGAAGCUGCCAGAGUACACGACAUGCAUGCCCAGCUGCGGCAGCAGGAGACCCAAAUUUUGGAGCUUCAGAGAGCCCUUGCUGCGCGAGACUUCGACGUAGAGAGAAAAACAAACGCAAUGAAUACACUAAAGGAGACAAUUGCUGUUAAAGAAGAAAAUAUUUAUACGCUUAGAAAGGAACUCGAGGAGGAGCGUUGUCUGCGGCUAAGAGCUGAAUGGGGUGUAUCUGCAGCAGCAAAACAAAAAAUAAAAAACGAAGCAGCAAAAGCGGCGCUGCUGGUGGCGGAGACGCAGACACUGCAGCAAGCCAACCACGCCCUCAACGCCAGGAUUGCUGCGAUGGAGGAGGCGAUGGCAAUCAAAGACAGAGAGAUAUACGAGACAAAGGCGUUGCUGCAGCAGCAGCAGCAGCAGCAGCAGCAGCAGCGGCUGCAGCAGCAUUCUGCUGCUUUCGAGCUGCAAGCUGCUGCUCAGCGUGCUGAAGAAGCAGACAGAGCAGCAGCAGCAAAGUCCAACAAACCCUAA